AUGGGCCUUUUGGUUUGUCUCGAUGAAGUUGAUCAUACUACNAUUGAACACACUGAGUCUUUAGAUGAUUCUUUGAAAGACAAGGACCCCACUAUCCCUAGUAUUGAUGAAGAAAUCUCAAAUCUUAGAAGGGAUUCUGCAUUUGAGCUUCGCUCGGAGUCUCCAAGUUUUGCUGGUUCUGAAGAAGAACGUGCAGAUUUUGUGCAUCCAUCACCUCAAUUGGUGCUUCAGCCUACUCCUCCUCCCCAACCACAAAGAAGGCCAAGGAAGAGGAAGCUCUUUGAUAAGGUCACAGUAUUAACCAACAGGAUUAUAAAACAAAGGCUCGAGGAUCCUAGUGAUACACUUCGUGAGAAAAAUAAAAUGCCUUCAUCUAAAGUAAAUGUCUGGAGACUGAAUAAUCAGUUGAAGAAGGAUCGAACAUUUAGUGAUCCCUUACUUACUGGCUUCUCAGAUGUUUUACGCAGUGUCUUUGAAAAGGACUAUGUAGCUUCAAAGCCAUAUCUUGCUGUUUCUAAUGAAAAUGUUCCAGAACGUUCAUCUGUAUCAUCUCCUAUUCGAGAAGCUGAAACCGAAAUUAAUCCAGUCUCUCCAAUGCCAGAAUCUGUGGUUCCUGAUUCUACGAAUCCAGACAAUACAGUUCAGCUGUCUCCAGCUCAGCAAACUGAAGAUGUCCAAGACUCUGCAGGCCCUCCACCUGCGCAUGCAGAGUCUGUAGCAACAGAAGCACAAUCUCCUCAGACAUUUAAUAAUAAUGAUGACAUGGGAUUUGAACAUUUAAGGGAUGGUGGUUUCCCUGUGCACAUGCCGUCACCGCCUCCAAGAUCUUCACCUUCUAGAACUGAUGACUUCAGCACUCAGCAUGGAACUUGGGAGACAAGAUCUUAUAGAACAGAGCCUUCAACUUCCGCAAAUCCAGAGGAUAUGCCUGAACUAAGAAACUUGGGGCUUUCACCUGUUUCUGAAAUGACUGACGAGGAGCUUUCUUUCUUGGAGAUAGGUGGGAAUACCCCCUUAGUAUCACCGGCUAGUCAAGAUUCUGAUGGUUUGACAGGGAGAACAAGAGCCUUGGUUCAGUAUCUUAAACAACGUUCUUCAAGUAGUCCCACUUCAAGCCAUCCUUCGGGAGAUCUAAGUUUGAGCGAGAUUUUGGCAGGAAAGACAAGGAAGCUAGCUGCUCGAAUGUUCUUCGAGACUUUGGUAUUGAAGUCUAGAGGACUUAUAGAUAUGCAACAAGACAAACCCUACGGCGAUAUUGCUUUGAAGUUGAUGCCUGCCCUUUUUUCAAAGGUUCAAACAUGAAUAAACAAUGCUCCUUAGAUUUAUUUAUGUAGAAGUUAGAUCCUGGUUAGACGAGGAAGUUACUUCAUUCUUAGAUCCUGGUUUAUUUACAUUUUUGUUUAAGUAAAGCUUUACUCGAGAAAAUAUGUGUGAAGGUCUAAAAUCCAUCAUUAGUCAAUACAGUAAUUCAUAUAACUUAAA